AUGGCGAGUAAAUCCGGUCUUUCUUCUCGCUCCCCCUCUCCUUCUCAGUCUCUCCCGUGCUCUCCUUCGUCCUGUUCCGCGCAAAAGGCAAAGGACGAACCCCGGCGAGCUUGGCGCAUGCAGCCCAAGCCGGCCGGCGACGGCGAAAGCUGGCGGGGCAGCGUGAGGGUUGGGGAGAAGCGAGAAGAAGUCGAAAUCGAUUUCCCGUUCGAACCGUAUCCGUGUCAGGAGAAGUUCAUGGAAAAAGUCGUCGAGGCAUGCGUGCGCGAAGAGCACGCGCUCCUUGAGUCGCCGACCGGAACCGGGAAAACCUUGUGUCUCCUCUGCGCGUCUCUCGCCUACGUGCGAAAAGUGUCGACGGCCCCUUCGUUCCCCGCCUCGUCAGCCGUUCCCUCGCCUGCGGGCGCGUCGCUGACCUAUGAAGGCCUUCAGCGGCAGAAUCUCGCGCAGAAACGCGGACUGCUUCUCCCGUCUGCUCCGCUUUCUUCUCUCGCGUCCCGGCCGUCUUCUGCGUCUCCUUCGCAGACCCCCCCCGCCGUGCGCAGGACGCCGAGAGUCGUGUACGCCUCUCGCACCCAUAGCCAGCUCCAGCAAGUUGUUCGCGAAGCUCGCCGAACCGCUUACUUUUCUCCUUUUCCUUCUCCUUCUUCUCUCUCCUCUCUUCCUGCUUCGGCGGGAGUCGUUGGCGGCGCCUUGCGGUCGAAGGCGGGCGUGAAAAUCGAAAUGAAGGAGACACAGGGCGCGAGCGUGCCGAGAGAUCACCUCGAGAGGCGAGUCUUGGGAGGCAGAGAGACGAGCAGGAGAAUGAAAAUCGCUGUGCUGGGAAGCCGAGACAAUCUCUGCGUGCAUGCAAUCAGCCACAAACUGCGGGGAGCCGCACUCAACGUGGCGUGCAAGAAGAAGCUCCGAGGCGAGUCUUUCACGUUCGCGCAGGGUUGUAAAUUUUACAACGGCUCGCUUCGCGAAAAGGAAAAAAUCGCUCAAGUCCUCCAAGCGUGUGGGCCGAUGGAUGUCGAAGACCUCAAGGCGUGUGGGACGGGCUGCGGUCCUCCAGGAGUCGAAAAGGUUCAGUUCUGUCCGUUCUACACGAUGCGAGAUUACCAGGAGAAAAGCGAUUUGGUUUUGCUGCCGUACAAUUACCUCCUCGAUCCGUCCUCUCAGCUUCUCCAACCAGGCUCUCUGGCGAACUCAGUCCUGGUCAUCGACGAGGCCCACAACGUCGAACAGGUUGCAGAAGACGCGUCUUCCUUCGAACUGCGACAGAUGGACAUAGGCCGAUGCAUCAACGCUCUAGGCGCUCUCGCAGAAAUCAUCAGCAGGAAGCUGGCCUUGCCGGAAACAGACAUCUCCGACCACAACAAAAAAGGAUCUGCGACGCCUUCUGUGAGUGUCGCUCAGCUUCUCCUUCUUCAGCAGUCUCUUGCUAGACUCGAUGAAUGGAUGACUUCGUUCCAACUGAAUGCCCCGACAGAAAAUCUGCGUCACCCGCAUGCGCUGCUGUCCCUGGAGGAAGUUGCAGAGGCGUUCACUUCAUGCAGCGAGUUUUCCGGGGCUCGCAAGGCUGACGUGAAGUCCGCGAGUCUUCUCGAAGACGCGACUCCUCUGUUUUCGGCGAAAGGAAAACCGAUGCUGGACCGGCUGCUCGCUGCAUGCAUGCAAGCGCUGCAAGACGAAGGCGCCGAAAACGAGACGCACAUUGAGCGACACGUGAACAGCCUGGAUAACCUUCGACGCAUUUUCAACAUUCUCUACGCCGAGCUCACUUGGGCGAACGCGCCGAGCUAUAGGGUCUAUCUCCACGACGAAGGCGAAGACGCCGUGCGGCGCCAGCAAGAGAGAGAGAAAGAGGCGGAAAGCGAGACGCAGGGAGGAUGGAGCAAGAAGAAGGCGGCAAGUCACCAACCAAGCAAAGAAGGCGACACAGAAGCCAACAUGGCCCUUGCAGCCAAACCGCGAUGCUUGGCGUUUUGGUCAAUGUCUCCAGCGCCUGCGUUUGCGUCGCUUCUGCUCCAAGGCGCGCGUUCGAUUAUUUGCACAUCCGGGACUCUCGCGCCGCUGCCGCCUCUCGCGCAGCGUCUGGGGACUCCCGGCCUCCUCAAGUUUUCGAUUUUUCUGGAAAAUGACCACGUCGUGGGGCCCAAUCAGCUGUUUGCGACUGUUCUCUCGCAAGUGAAUCUCGCCGAGGCUGCGCGCGCCUCGAGCGCCGCGAUCCCAGGCGGCAGCGAAGGCCGCGGAGGCAGCGGGGACCAGGAGGAGAGACCGAGCGACUUGAAGCGAGUAUGGAAUGACUUCCGGAACUACAAAAGCCGCCGAUACUACCACCAGCAACUGGAGCAAGAUCGGAAAGAGGAGACGGAAGACCACGCCCUGUUCUCGCCAACGCAAGAAGACGAGGCGCAUGCGAGUCAAACCGAAACACUGAUUUCCACGUUCCAGAAUCGAAAUCGACCGGAAUAUCUGCGCGCGCUCGGGUUCUCGCUGUUGCGCAUUUGCACGCUCGUCGGCGGCGGAGUUCUCUGCUUCUUUGCCUCCUACGCUCAAAUGCACACAUGCAUCAACGAAUGGAAAAAACCCCUUGCGUCUUAUUCCUCUUCUUCGUCUGCCUUUUCUUCCUCUUCUUCGUCUUCCUCUGCUUCUUCUUCUCAGUUCUCCUCCUUUUUCGGUUUCCGCGCUCCGCGCCCUAUCGCGGCUGCGCCUGCCGCGCGCCCCGCUUCUUCUCGGUCGUCGCCUGAAUCGAUUUUUGGGGCUCUGCAGGAGGCGAAGGAAGUUUUUGUGGAACCGGCGAACUCGCGAGACAUGGCGGAUCUGCUCGUCGCGUUUCAGCGCUCUGUCCAGGAGGCGGCGGAGCGCGACCUUCCGCGGGGAAGCAGAGACUCUCGCCGUGGCCAGGAAGGCGAAAGAGGCCUUUGCGGAGACGCGCGAACGGGCGCAGUCCUGUUGGCGGUGUGCAAAGGCAAGGCGGCAGAAGGCAUCGACUUCUCAGACCACGCGUGCCGCGCGGUGGUCGUCUGCGGGUUGCCCCUCGCGUCGUUCUUCGAGCCGCGCGUCCAGCUGAAGCGGAUGUGGCUAGACGACUGCAUGCAGCAGCACGCGGCCGGAUCGAGUGGGCCGGGCCGAGGUAGAGAGGCCGGGGCGGGAGACUCCUCAUUGCUCAUCAGUGGACGGCAGUGGUACGAGCAGGAGGCGCGCCGAGCUGUCAAUCAGGCUGUCGGGCGCGUUGUGCGGCAUGCGAAGGAUUUUGGAGUCGUCGUCUUUUUGGAUAAACGAUUUGCCGCUCCCGACCUCCAGAAGGAUUUGCCUCGGUGGGUGCGUCGGUCGCUGGAGCUGCCGCCUGCCUCGUCGCCUCUCUCUUUUCUGGCAUCGCGAAUUCGUUCCUUUUUCUCGCGUCUGCCGGCGCCGCUCCUUCAGUUCGCCCUCGCAAAGAUGAACAGGCCCUCGACUGCAGAGGCUCUCUCCUGUUUUGUCUCUGACCCUGGUGGCUCUGGACUUCCCCACACGGAGACACCCCGCCGUCCCCGUUUUCCCGACAGUGACGCGCCCUCAUCGCCGCCGAAUCCGGCCGCGCUCAGAGCGGACCAGGCAGUGCAAGUGCUUGUCUCGGCAACGAAGAUUGGACGCGACGCUCCGGAGCUGUCGAGACUCCACGGGGCCUCUGCGGACCGUCUUCGUCUCGGAGGCGCAGAAGAAAAACCAGAGACGAAUGUGCCUCUCUGCCCCACGCAGGUGGCGGCGGAGCGCCGCCGGGCGCGCGAGGCUGUCUUGCUGUCGACGGGGAGGAAACCUUUCCGAGAGGAGGCGAAGAGGCGCGAGAAAGGCAAGGGAGAGAGAGUGUUGUCCCUCGCCGAGCUCGAGGCGCCCUCUGAGGCCUUCGCGAACGGAGAGGAAGUCGAGCCGAGCGCGUCGCAGCCGGGGGGGAGGGCUGAGUGGGCUCACCUCGAGGCGCCAGGGGACGCAGGCGCGAGAGACGGUCAGCGAGGAGACAGCAAGAAGGCAGAGAGCAGGGAGGCGUCGGGGAGUUGGGAGAAAGGCGGCAGUGAGAAGGGUGCGCGAGGCGAGGAGUCGCGGCAAAGCAAGAAAGAGGCAGAAAAGCAGGCGGCCGCAGAGCUCAUUCUCCAGGUCCAGCGCCUGUUCACGGAGGAAGAGAACGCAGCUGCGGCUCCGGCCGCCGGGUCUCCAGGCAACAAGUUCUUCACGUUCUGUAUCUGCAUGCGCCAGCUCGGCGGCCUACGCGGCAAGGCGCGGUCGCACGCCGAGAGGGGGUAUCGAGAGGUGGUUGAGCGCCUCCGAAAUCUGCUCCUGCCGCUCCCACGUAAACUGCCUUCGCUCUGUUCAGCAGAGCAUCCGCAUGCGCCUCCGGUUCCUGACGACCAUUCGCUCUGGCAGAAGAAGACGAUUCUCGACACUGUCAUCGCGCGGUUCGUGCCUGCAGCUUACCAGCGAGAUCUGCUGUUGUCUGUGGAGACCCACUGCAAACGCGUCGAACGCCCGAGCCUGGGGAUUAGACCGCCAACAGAAGAGCCGCAGCGACUGCGGGACGAAGAGGGCGAAGACGGGCACGGGGCGGCAACAAACGGGGCUCGGUCAGUAGCGCCCGGGAAGACGCCCUCGUCGCAAGUCGGCGCGCCGGCGGAGAAGCGCAAUGCACCCAUCACUGUUUCCGGAGAUUCGGAGGAAGAAGAAAAAGAGAACGAAGGAGACGAGGGGAGACGGCCCGCGAAGAAAAGCCGCGUCGAAGGCGAUGAGAAGCCUCAAGGCGAUGAGAAGCCUCAAGGCGAUGAACAGGCACUGGAGCGUAGGCCCGACGAAACGCAACCUUCGAGAGAGGCGACGGACGUGGCCCAUGGCAAGAUUGCCAUGUGCCUCAUUUGCAGCGAGGAUCUGCCACUGCAUCGCUCUCUCAACUGCGGCCACGAAUUCUGCCUGGUUUGCUGGACCGAGCAGCUGAAGAACCGUCUGGAGUGUCCUGUUUGCCGAGCUCGCACUCGCGAGAAACAUCUCGUUCCCGCCUAA